UCCGAGUCGAACCUCCGCUGCGGGGAACAGGAGUCCACCGGCAAUGGGGAUGACAGGACGGUGUCCCCCACAACAGGAAGUUGGGUGUCAUCAUAAACAUUUACGACAGUUGUGUGGCGAUGGUGGUGACCUAAGCAUCAUGCCAUUAAAAAAGUGGGCUGAGUUGGAGGGAAAAAUCCUCUAUUUAAGCCCAGCGAGUUUCUCCCUCUGUACCUCUCUCACACCUCUGAGCCUUCGCACCUUCCCUCGUGCCUGUAGCCCACCUCUACUGCGCUUAGCAAUCUACCAUGGCCUUCAGCGGAAAGUAUGAGACCGAAUCCCAGGAGGGAUACGACGCAUUCUGCAAGCUUCUGGGUAUCCCUGAUGACAUCAUUCAGAAGGGUCGCGACUACAAGCUGGUGACCGAGGUGGUGCAGAGUGGCAACGACUUCACCUGGACCCAGCAUUACCCCGCAGGCCACUCUGUCAGCAACAAGUUCACCAUCGGCCAGGAGUGUGACAUGGAGACCAUUGGUGGGAAGAAGUUCAAGGCCACGGUCUCUAUGGACGGGGCCAAACUUACGGCACAGUUCCCCAACUACGUACACAUCUCUGAGAUCAGCGGAGGCAAACUGAUUGAGACCUCGACAGCCACCACGGCCUCAGGCCCCGUUGUCCUGAAGAGAACAAGCAAGAAGCUGUAAAGAAAAAGUCGUGUUACAGUGCCACUGCUUUUAUGCUGUAUACAACUGCCAACCUCAAACUUGAACUAUUAAUAAAAACACAUUGACGAAA